AUGGGGAACGAAGUCUCCACGCCGGUGGAUGAGAAUACCCCUCCCCGCGUGCUGGAGCGCCGGGAUGUGGAGUCUCUCGCCAAAUAUAUACUAGAGAGAGACGUACGGAGGAUUGUUGUCAUGAUCGGAGCCGGCGUCAGCACCUCUGCCGGCAUACCUGAUUUCCGGUCGCCAGAUACAGGCAUCUACUCCAAUUUGGCGCAUCUCGAUCUCCCAGAGCCGGAAGCGGUGUUUGACAUCAGCUUUUUCCGCAGCAACCCACGGCCGUUCUAUGCUCUCGCUCGCGAACUUUACCCCGGGCGGUAUCGCCCGACCAUUGCGCAUUCAUUCAUCCGACUGCUCCACGACAAGGGGCGCUUGCUGAAGCUCUUUACCCAGAACAUCGACUGUCUUGAACGGGAGGCUGGCCUGCCCGGAGAGAUGAUCGUGGACGCCCAUGGGAGCUUCGCGUCGCAGCACUGUAUCGACUGCAAGAGUCAUUACCCGGAUGAUCUGAUGAAACAGGCAGUGGAGAAAGGUGAGGUGCCUCACUGCCUGACGCCACAGUGCAAUGGUCUCGUGAAACCGGACAUCGUCUUCUUUGGCGAGGCCCUCCCUGAAGAGUUCUUCCGUAAUCGCCACCUCCCUGCGAGGGCGGAUCUGUGCAUCGUCAUGGGCACGAGUCUGACAGUCCAGCCAUUCGCGAGCCUGCCAGGACUCUGUCAGGAAGAAACGCCUCGCCUGCUCAUCAACAUGGAGCGGGUUGGUGAUCUCGGAUCUCGACCGGACGAUGUUCUGCUCCUGGGCGACUGUGAUGCCGGGGUGCGAAAAUUGGCCAAGGCCCUUGGCUGGCUGGAGGAGCUGGAAGCUGUCUGGGAGGAGACUAAUCCGGACAAGAAAGUGCGGGAGGAAGAGGCUGCCCCAUUGCAGACUCGAGACGAGAAGUUGAAGUCAGAGGUGGACCGUCUGACCGAAGAGGUUGAUCGAACGCUGAGCUUGUCGAACGCUCAUCAGGAGCGGGUGCGCCAGCAACUGGCCAAACAGGAUGCCAAGCGCCAGGCUGUUGAGGAGGCCGAAGCUGAAGAGACUAGCCGGGGAACGUGCGGUGUAGUCUCUGCAGGCGAAGAGCCGACGACGGGAGAGCCUGCAGUGAAGGGUGAAGAAGAAGAAAACAAGACCCUCCGAACUGUACAAGAGGGAGACCGCGGAGGAGGACUGGAUCAUGUAUUUCCGCAUCUAGAAAAGAAAUCAUCUCUGUAG